GAGCCACUAGAAAAGCGGAGGCGGGAAACCCCCGGCCCACCUCCCGGCGGCGGAGAGAGGGGCGGCGAGCGGCAGCCCCGCCCCGGCGCCCGGCGCUUUCUGUCCCCUCUCCCGCGCCGUACGGCCGGGUGCGUCGGCUCCAACCGCUGGCAACUUUGUGGCGCGGGGCGCGGGCGGCCCCGCCGCGGCUCUGCCCUCACCCGGGGGGCCGGGGCCGGAGCACUGCGGGCCCUGGGACGGUGAAGCUACGCCACCAUGGCCGGGAUUGGCAUCGACCACUCCAAGCUGCCCGGAGUCAAAGAAGUGUGCCGGGACUUUGCUGUUCUGGAAGAUCACACCUUGGCCCAUAACUUACAGGAGCAGGAGAUUGAGCAUCACUUGGCAACAAAUGUUCAACGUAAUCGUCUGGUGCAACAUGACUUGAAGGUGGCCAAGAAACUGCAGGAGGAGGAAGACCUGAAAGCACGUGCUCAGAAACACCAAAAAGACUUAGAGCGCCAGGACUGUGAGAUGGCUCAGGAAAUCCAAGUGAAGCUGGUAUUUGAAGCGGAGCAGCGCCGCAGGCAAGAGGAAAAAGAUGAGGACAUUGCCCGGCUCCUGCAACUGCAGGAAGAAAAGAAGCACAAGAAGCACUAUCCAGAACCCCAGGGACACACAGUCUAUGAAGAUAGCUAUUAUGCAGAGAAUGGAGAGCAGCGCUGGGGUCGCCCCAGAGAGCAGGUUUCUGAGCGUCACAGAGCGAGUAGUGGUGACAGGGACGUGCGGCGGCGCAGGGAGUGCCGAGCAGUGGCCUCGCCGUCACCCAGCCAAGCCUCCAGGCGCAGACACUGCCCUGCGGAGCCUCGCUGCGAGUCCUCUCCGUCAAGCAAGGCCAGCAGUGGCCCUCCACAGGAAGGGAAAUCAGCCAGCCAGGGAAGGUCCCGGAGACACCCCAGCCUUGACCUGCAAAGAGAAGCUGAGCACAGCGCUUCUGACUACAGCAACAGCUGGGAGCUGCAGGAGAGGAGAGCCUGCAGGGAGAAGGCUUGGAGACCUCACAGUCUUGACCUGGAGUCAGAGCGUGGACUCUCAGAGCAGGUGCAGCACAGCAGAAAGCAGACGAGGCAAACCAGAGCAAAGCACCUUCCCCAUCUCGACGUGGAGCUGGAGGCCGAGCAGGAGAGCUGGCACCGGGGCAGCAGCCACCUGGCACACUCUGAAAAGCACAAACCUCAUCGUGGAGGGCGCUCGGCACACAGGGCGCCGCCUGACGAGGAUCUCCACGGGGCUGAGGCCAGAGACAGUCGCAGGAGGGGUGAGGAAAGAGACUGCAAAAGGACAGCCCUCAGGAGACCUUCUCCUUCCCUCCAUGCCGUGUCCCAGGGAAAGGUUGGAGACCACCAGCGAGACUCAGGCACCAGGUCGAGGGGGUCACAGCAGGCCAUGUAUGAUAAACCCCAGAGUGAGCAGGAGCUGUCUGAUGCAGAGAUGGCUCGGAAGCUGCAGGAGGAAGAGCUCCUGGCUAGCGAGGCAGAUCAGAAAGCAGCUCAAGUAGCUCAAGAUGAGGAAAUUGCUCGGCUCUUAAUGGCUGAGGAGAAAAAGGCUUUCAAAAAAGGGAAGGAGAGAGAAAAGUCUUCCUUGGAAAAAAGGAGGCAUGAUCAGGACUGGAAGCGUGAUGCAAGUGAGUCCACGUGCUCAAGGUCGAAAGAAGGGCCUGAAGCUCAGCGACACAAAGGCGACAGGCCUGCAAGGUCACAGCCUCACCUGGAUGACUUUGAACAUGCUCGAUAUUACACAAGCCAGCCCAGCCCUUCACGCCAGGUCCCCAAACCUGAGCACUCUCCUAAAGGUUCCCGUAGGAAGCAGUAAAGCCGUGCUAAGCCUUUGCUUUGGUACUGACUCUUCUGUAGCAAACAUUACUGGAAUUGCCAGGCAACUUUCUUGAUCCCUUGCCCAAUGGGAGGUCCACCUUCCUCUCCAAGGAUCUCCUCUUAAGUGUCAUCAUGUUAAGGAACAUUGUUUGUUUGAAUUUCUUCCCUGUUGUGGUGGCUGAAGCAGGACAGUGCAAUCUAGCCGCUGCUGAGCCAUGUAAAUCAACCAGCUGACUUCAACAGCUCCCUUUUGACCUUCUUUUCAGGCCUGCCUUUUAAUUUGUAAGCUUUGCCUGUAGCUUUGACACAUAGGAAAGAGAAAAACAGGGAGGAAAAUCAAAGAUCUGAAUUGAGUUGUAUGCGAUGCAGCAGACUGUUGGAAGCACAAAUCCUUUCUGUAUUAGGAUGGCUUAGCAAAGAGUUGUAAGAGGAACUGUGUUCUUCGUGUGUUGGGUAAGGCAGCUGAGCCAGCCUGACACCAUGCUAGCUUGCAGGAGGGAGAGAGGAACAGACACCAGCAAAAGGCAGAAGCUGGGACUGGUGAGAAAGUAAUUGCCUACAGAAGAGCAUUUCUGAAGUGUGUUUCUGUGUAGGGUUUGCAGCAGUCUGGGCAGAGGGUGUAACACAGUCUGGGCAGAGUAUGUAACUAGGUAUUUUAGCUCCAGGUUUCAGUAUAGAACAGUACAGAGGAGAUAGUUUCAUCUGAAAUUAUUCCUCGUGUGCACAACCUUGAAAGAUGUGCCAGGGAGUUGAUGAAGCUGUGAGCUGUGGAUUGGGAAGAGUCACACAAACAUUUAAAUGCCUGAAGGGACCUCUCUGUGGUCACCUGCUUUGAGCUUCAGUAUGGUUGAAGCCAAAGAAUUUCACUGAAGUAAAGGAGGAACUCCUAA